GAUAUGAAGCGGACAAAGAUGUGCAGCAGCAUGGGGAUGCCGGUGCCUGGAAGGGGGUUUUUAAUAAAACCCCACGGAAACCGAUUUGUGGAAGAUGCUCUUUCAUUCUCGCGAACUUAACUCUUCCAUCUACGAAGUCCGAACAUCUUUCCUUUCCAUGGGUUUCCUUCGUAAUCUUAUCUGAGUUCGUUUUGAUUCUCGCGUUUUAUCUCUGCAACUGAAUUUGCUUCGAAAUGACGAUCACCAAAGAAUCCACACCGCCACCGGUGAUCGGUAAAGCUGGGAGGUACACUGUGUUCAUCACUCCUCCUGCCACUCCUAAACUCCCUGUCAGUCCUGCGUCAACUCCAAAGCCCCCACUCACUCCUCUGGUAACUCCGACACCCUCUGAGCCAUCCGCUGAGUUGCCGAAGAUUCCAUCUUCGAAGGUGGUUUUGCCGCCGGUUCAGCCUCCCCCUCAGCAGUUCGAGAAGUCGCGGUCGAACUCUUCUAUGUUUGGGUUAUUUUGGGAUGCUGUUGCUAAAGUGCAAAAUGCGCAUUCGUGUAUUGAUGAGUAUCUAGCGGACUGGUUUGGGUUAAACCAGUCGAAGUAUCAAUGGGCGUUGAACGACUACUAUGAAAGCACGGGAAUGGAGCAAGAUGUGAAGACCAAAGAAAUGGUCAGCAAAGGGCAGUGCGUGUAACCUGCUUUUGGGAAAGAGGUUGCUGUAGUGGCUCUGUACGAGUAAACAAUAUCUAUGAUAAAUCUAAUGGAUGGAAUAACAAAAAUUUCUUUGGCUGCAAGCGGUCUUCGUUCAAACUCGAUGGGUGUUGAUGUGAAUCUUCUCAAAUUGGCAUCAGCUAACAAGUGCUAUAUCAGCUAUGUUCUUACUACUACUACUAUAUCAGCUAUAUCAGCAGUGCGUGUAACAAGUCCAAUUUGUAGUAAGCAUUUUGUUUAUGUUCUUCAGCAAGGAUCAAAGGCUCAAAGCUUUAUAGUCUAUAGGAAUUUACAGAGGCCGAGUUUGUAACACUUUGAAUAACUUGUUAAAUUAUUUUGGGAAAAUUUUUGAUCA